GCGCGAUAUCUGCAAGGAGGCGGUACUAAUGACUUCUCGCUAUAAUCAGGCCACUUGGCGUCUUCCAACACCUGCAAGACGACCGUCUCGUUAGUAAACAGAUCACUUUGAUUGACAACAUUUUGACUGAUCAAUUGUCUUGUGUUUCAUUUGGCGUAAUCUUUGUCUACUGUGGUGUCCUAUUAUAUUGCAACAGACUUGAUGGGAUCCGUUCUUAUUGCUGGCAGCACGAGAAGCUGGGCUAUUUUUGCUUUGGUGCUUGUUACUGCUCUCAAUCUAGUCGGUAGUUACAGGCUGGAAAAGGAUGAAGAUCGUAUUGUCUUUCAAUCAGAAUUCGAUGAUACUCUAAACAGAAUAAGGAGGCAAGAUACCAACGUUUCAAUGCCUACUGGCAGUGGACAAUCCGGAGACACCGAAGAACCAUCUGGCCCUUCUUCUUCCUCGCCUUCAAUGCAAAGUCCUACCACAUCAGAGCAUUCGACAGCGCCAUCAACAACCAUGACGAGUCAGCAAUCAAGGAGCAUCACAUCAAAGCCUACAACAGAGUCGAUGAGUCAAGAACCAAAGAGUACAUUAAACUCAGUAAGAGACCCGACGAGUCAACCAGGAAAGAGCCCAUCAUCAAAGGCCACCACCUCUGCACCAAGUCACACAUCAACGGAAAGCACGACAAUAUUUGACUCAAUAACAUCCCCGACGAGUCAACCAGGAAAGAGCCAAUCCUCAAAGGCCACCACCUCUGCACCAAGUCACACAUCAACAAAAAGCACGACCAUAAGUACGUCAAUUUCAACUCGAGACACAUCUGCUGUGUCAUUCAGCACCACAUCGAUGCCAGACGAACACGGGGCGACAACACCCAAAGAUGCCGACGAUAUGGAUUAUACAGAUCAAGGAGAGAGUGGAAGUGACAAAGUUUCUACUGAUGACAGCACUAAAGCGUUUUCGACUGUACGCUUUGUGUCUUCUACAGUCUCUAUUGACGAUGUUGAUGCCUCUCCAGUUGACACAAUUGACAUAAAUUCGACUGCAAGCAAUGUGAUUUUCUCUAACACCGGUAGAAGUACGUUGCCUACAGAAGCUUCAACGGGCAAAUCCGACGAAGCAGGUCUUCCUACGUAUGUGAUUGUUGUUGUGGUUGUUCUCGUGAUUGUUGUACUUGCUGCUCUCGUAAUUUUUGCUUACUGUCUGGCUAGAAGAGAACAAGGUCGGUGGAAAAGUCUUUCAGCAACUGAAGAAAAUGGCAAGAGAGAACAGGAAGAAACUCAAUUGGAACUCGUUGAGAAACCAAAUGACGAUGUUGAAAGGAACGGGAACGAAAAGCAAACACUAAUCGCAGAAGCGAGCGUAGGUGUAGUAGGUGAUGGAGCAGCUGUUGCGGCUAAUGGAUCUAGCGAGAAACACGUGGAAGAAGGCGCUAAGAGCUUCAACGAGGUGUCGAAUGAGCAGAAACAACAGGAGGUAAAAGAAUACGAGACAACUGAUGGUAAACCAGAAGCCUCUUCUUUAGAGAAUCCUUCUCCAAAAGACGAUGCUCCGAAAGAGGUUGCUGUAGAGAAUGCAGCGACAGAUAAUGCAGCUGCUGAUAAUGCAGUUGCAGAAAGUGCUGCUGAAAAGGAGGUUUAUCCAAAAACUCCUUCUCCAGAGAAUCCACUUCUAGAAAAUUCUCCUCCAGAAGAUCUUCCUCCACCUCCAGAAAAUCUUUCUUUAGAGAAUGCUCCCACAGUAAACGAGCCUUCCAGUGAUGUUGUUGCCAAAGGAGAACUACCGGAAGAAAAUGCAGUUGUGGAAGCAAAAGAACAAUUGCCAGAGCAAACGGGAACAAAGCAGCAAACCCUUCAAGAAGAUAUAAACCAGCAGAAUAAGGAUAAAAUGACAGUGGCUGACACAAAUUCUUCAACAAAGGAUGCUUCAGCUAUAGUUUACGAAAGUGAUUCUCAAGUGUGAAAUGCUAACGGGUUGAUGAACAAAAGAUAUUUGCCUUUUCUAGUGCUUGACAUUCGCUGCAACAUUUAGAAUGGUUUUAAAUCAGUGUGUUGUGCUUAGCAGCUUACAUUUAUCAAUUGCUGGUUUAGCAUUGUAUUAGCUCAUCAAUGACAUUGUUAUGUACUAAAUCUCCUCAUUUCAUUAAUUGAGGAUUAUAUAAUUUGCCUACUUUGUGUUAGUUAAUACUUUCUGCAAACUAAUCAUUCCAAGAAAUACC